GGUGUGUUGAAAUAUUGCCGCUUGGGUUGCUAGCGUAUUCUACCAAAAGAUCUUUGGUAGUAAGUUAAUCUUUCAACUGCGCAGACUCCCAAAAAAAAAAAAAAAAAGUCCAAAAAAUGGUGACACUUAUGGAGAGGUUAUGGAAACAGGCAUUACGUACAUUUUCAAAGCGAAAUGUACUUUCACAGUCAUUCGAAGAGAGCUUUUUGGUACUGAAAUCAUUAGCUGAUGCUGUAACUGCUGCGGACGUUAAACUUGACCUGAAGUUGCUGGAAAGGCAUCCCUUAGGUCCUCUGAGCAGAAGAAAGCCACCUGUGACUUACAUCGAAAUAUAUGAGGAUGAUAAUGUUACUAUUGGAAUAUUUAUUUUAAAAGCUGGCGUCAAAUUACCCUUGCAUGACCACCCUCAGAUGUACGGUAUUUUGAAAGUGAUUUCAGGAACUGUUACCAUCCAGAGCUAUAGUGUUGUACCAAGUGAUCGCAUAAGUCCUAGAUGUGGUUCUGAAGCCAAGUGUGUGUAUGCAGAAAAACUCCCAGAAGUGACAGUGAAUCAGAGUGAUAAUUCAUGCACUCUUACGCCUACAGAACGAAACCUGCAUGAAAUAAGAAGUGUAGAUGGCCCAGCAGCAUUUUUGGAUAUCCUGGCACCUCCUUAUGAUUCAGAGACAGGUGACUCUGAUCUGACAGAUCGGUCGUGUCAUUACUUCGUCGAAGUGCCGUGGACAAGUGAUGUUUGUGACAAAAAUAUCAAGAGGCUGUGUGUCAUACCCAGUCCACCAGAUUUCUGGAGCGAUUCUGCGCCGUAUAACGGCCCAGAAUUACGGAUGUGAGGCAUAGGAUUAAUGGUGAAAUAAUUAUGAGAGAAAUGGAUACUGACAAGGGAUAUUAUAAUUUCAUAAUUUGAUAUAAACUGUCUGCCUGAAGAUAAUCAAGAGGCUGUAUCUUUUGUGUUGAACAAGUGAUUUCACUGAGUGUAUACUGUUAGUAUUUAAUCAGUUCAACUGUGUGGGGUGCCACGUUUUCAGUUCACAUAUUAUGAAGUGCAAAAUGAAUAAAAACAUCAUCAAAUGACUGUAAUACUCAUGAAACUUUGAAUGGAUGUAACUUUUUUGCUCGGGGACUGUGUAUAUAAAGUGCAACUCAGAGUGUAAAUAUUAAUAAGAGUAGUUAAACAGCUAUUCCAUGCUGAACUGGCUUGUAUGUCUUUUACAAGGAACGUGAGACUGUAAGUCUAUAAAGUACUUGUUUCAUAAUUAUAUUUUGGUUUGUAUAAUUUUUGACAGAAAAAUACCUCAGUAUUAAGUUUAGUUAGAAAAAUCUAAGAUUUCAUUAAGUUUGUAAUUUUAAAGUGUCAGCUCCCUCCACAACCACUGCCUGAAAUGGUCUUGUGCUCAAAUUACUCAAAGGGCAAGAUAACUUUGAUGAUUGUCCGGAGACAUGACAAUUUGAAUAGUUAAAUUUGUCUGUGUAGACAAAAUACUAGUGCAGUUGUGAAAGUGUAACUAAUACACUAUUGCAGAAAGUGCAUGUAAGAAUGAGAGCUGGUUCUCUGUGAUUUUUUAAAAAAAUCUUUAUCAAAUAAUUUCUUUGUAAUUCCAUGGACAUGUUUGUUAAAUUAUAAGGUGCAUAAGUCUAAAUUUGACAUUAGAGCUUUCCAGUGGUACCUACAAAAAUCAAAAUUAAUUGAUUUUGUGUUGGUUGAACCACAUUUUCUAAUAGUAAGUAUUACGCAAAAAGGUAAUUGAUAAAUGCGUAGAGAUGCAAAAUGCAGCAAUUGACUUUAAUUGUGACUUAAUUUGUUAUAGUAAUACUUUUUACCAUAGCUGCAUGAAAAGCAAAAUUUAUUUCAUAAUUGAUAAGCCCUUCCAUAACCUGGCUCACGUCAAUUAUUGAAAAGAUGUACUGUUUUCAAUAAGAUCUCAUCUUUGCCAGUGGAGGGUAAUAAUGCAUCUUAUCAACAUGUUUUGUUCCUUUGUGGAGCUUCACUGGCUAGAAAUACAAAACCCUUAUAUUAGUUAAAGUUACUGGGAAAGUAAUCAGGCUCAAGCGAUAUGUUACAAAAGUGACAAAAAUAAGGUCUUUUAUGUGUUUUUCUUUCUUUCUUUCUUUCUCUGUGGUAAAUGCUAUAUUAGCAUAAUUUACCAGAAUUCUACCUCAUAGGUGCUAUCCAAUUCAUUGAAUUAACAUUGCAAAGUUCUACACGAAGACAUUAUUAAUUUGAAAUUCAGUAUAUUAUUAUUUCUUUCUGGUAUUCCUUUUGAAAUGGGCAUUGAUAGUGUUAACACCUAACACACUAAAUAAUUUUGUGUCCAGUGUUCCUGGCUUUCACUUCUCUGUUAUUGUAAACUACAUUGCACCAUUCUGAUUAACUUUUUCAGCAAUAUUUUCAGAUUUAUGGCUCUUAUUCUGGGCAACAGGUUUUUGAAUAUAUCUAAAGAAAAAACAUUCAUCAGUAAUCGGUCAUGAUUUCUUGUUCUAUGAAAACAUGUGAUAUUAUUGAUAAGUAAUAAACUGUCUGUACUAAAGCAAAUUUGUUUUAAUAGUGCAUUUGUGAUGUAUAUCCAUUCUGCUUUUGAUUAUUGUAUAAUGUGGUCCAGAUAUAGUUGUAAAAUUAAAAUUUUAGUCUUAAUGAAGAACUACCCAUUUUGUAAAUUGUUUAUAAAUUCCGUAAAAUUUUGACUUGAUGUAUAGACAGUUAAAUUCUAAAAAGAACAAAUUGUUAGCACUACAUUUGGAAGUAGUUCUAAGUGUGAAACCCAGUGUACAGUUCAGUAUUCAGUUGCUAUCAAUCAUUGCAGUAUAAUUUCAAGAACCAUAAAUUAUCAAUUAAAGCAGAACAUUGAUUUGUGAGUACAAUUUGCUGAAGGAAAUACAUUACAUAUGUUUUUGUAUAAUUAACAUGAUAUGAUUAUGACAGACCGUGGAACUGCAUUGUUUGCAAGGUUUGGUACGACAGCUAGUGCAUAACUGUAUAUCUACUUGUUAAUGAAAAUAUUUAUGAAAUUUA